AUGAUAUUCAAAUUUGGCAACAGCAUGAUUAAAGCCUUGGACACCAUAACAGCGUCAAAUCCAAUCAAAGAAACUAAAACACUAAGCUCAAAUAACAACAUGUUCACACUUGGGUUCUUCAGCCCUCAAAAUUCUACAAACCGUUAUGUUGGAAUCUGGUACUUGGCUAAAACCGCUGUUGUAUGGGUGGCUAACAGAAACCAACCACUUAGCGAUUCUUCUGGGGUUGCCACAAUGUCAGAGAGUGGAAAUCUUGUGGUACUAAAUGCACAAAAACAUGUUUGGUCAACAAAUGUGUCAUUGUCAAAUGUAGCAUCUAAUGUCAGUGCCAAGCUCUUGGAUUCUGGAAACCUUGUACUUCUAGACAAUACUUCAGGAAAGACAAUGUGGGAGAGUUUCCAACAACCAUGUGACACAGCAAUUCCAACCUUGAAACUAAGUAAAAAUGUGAGAACAGGUGAGGAAGUGAGAAUCGCAUCAUGGAAAAGCCUCUCUGAUCCAUCAUAUGGAAGCUUUUCUCUUGGAUUGGAAACUGGUAAUGUUACUGAGUUGUUCAUAUGGAAUGGAAAACAACCCUUAUGGAGGAGUGGUCCUUGGAAUGGUCAUGUCUUUAUUGGGAUACCAAACAUGAUAAGUUUGUUUAGGGAUGGUGUUAGUUUGGAAGAAGCUGAUGGAACCUUUUACUAUUCUUAUGGUUAUGCAAACAAGCCUUUCUUGAGAAUCUAUGUUUUAAACCGUCAAGGCAAAGUGGAGAGAAGGCAAUGGAAUUAUGGUAACAAGGAAGAAGUGAGGGGGACAAUUCAAGAAUCUGAGUGUGAUGUUUAUGGGAUAUGUGGCCCAUUUGGAAUGUGCAACUCUAAGAGUUCACCAAUAUAUAGUUGUUUGAGAGGUUUUGAGCCAAAGAACAAAAUUGAAUGGAAUAUGAAAAACUGGAGUAGUAGAUGUGAGAGGGUAAAGAAUGGAUCCAAAGAAGGGAAACCAGAUGGGUUUCUGAAGCUGCAGAUGGCAAAAGUGCCUAACUUUGCAGGGUGGUCACCUUCUAAGGAUGGAUUUCCUGCAUAUGAUGGAGAUUGUAGAACACCUUGCCUCAAUAACUGCUCUUGUAUAGCAUUUGCAUAUGAUUCAGGUGUUAGCUGCAUGUUUUGGAGUACUGAUUUACAUGAUAUAUCAUAUGGAGGAGUUGAUCUCUACAUACGUUUAGCCUACUCUAGCCAGAUUUCUAAAUACAAGGGGAAGUUAGAAGAUGGACAAGAAAUGGCAGUUAAACGACUUUCAACAGCAUUGCAGGUGAUGACAGAAUUUUUAAAUGAAGUGGAGGUGAUUUCUAAGCUUCAACACAGGAAUCUAGUUAGGCUUUUUGGCUGCUGCAUUGAAGCAGAAGAAAAGAUUUUGGUUUAUUAGUACAUGCCAAACAAAAGCUUGGAUUCUUAUAUCUUUGAUUGGGGAAAACGAUUUAACAUAAUUGAAGGAAUUGUUCGAGGAUUGCUUUAUCUUCAUAGAGAUUCUAGACUACCAAUUAUACCUAGAGAUCUGAAGGCAAGUGACAUAUUGUUGGAUGAAGGGCUUGAUACAAAAAUAUCAGAUUUUAGUAUGGCUAAAAUAUUUGGGGACUGUGAAGUGAGGGGAGAAACGAAAAGAAUUGUUGGAACAUAUGGUUACAUCUCUCCAGAAUAUGCAAUGCAAGGAAUUGUUUGUGAUGAGCAAUCUGAUGUCUUCAGCUUUGGAGUUUUACUACUAGAGAUUGUUAGUGAGAGAAAAAACAAUGGCAGUCACGAGGAUAAAGAAUCUCUUACACUUAUAGGAUUUGCAUGGAAAUCAUGGAACAAUAACAACAUUAUAUCUCUAGUAGAUCCACAAAUAUAUGAUCCAAGGUUUUACAAAGAUAUACUUAGAUGUGUUCACAUUGGACUUUUGUGUGCGCAAGAACUUGUGAGAGACAGGCCUAUCAUGGCCACAGUCAUUUCAAUGCUUCAUAGUGAGAUUGUGGAUAUUCCUCCUCCAAGGCAACUAACAUUCAUUGAGAGUCAAACAUUGUCAAGUACUCUAAUGCCAAUUCAAAAGGAUAAAAGAGUGGUUUGUGGAAUAUGA